UAAGUAAAUCAGUAACUGUCAAUAGAUUUUCUUUCGCAUUCGAUUCGAUACGCAAGGAAAAACAAAAUAUUCCAUUUGCGAUUUGGAGUCAAACUAAAUUCUAACAAUGGUAGUUCCAUCCAAUACAUCUCGUGAGGCGGUUUUACAGCUAAUCGAACAGAAGGAAUCGAUUGAGCGAAAAAUAAACGAUCAGGGCAAAAUUCUGCAAACGAAUCAUGUUGGUAUGAAGGACCCUCUAGUUGACGAAAAUGGAUACCCCCGCAACGAUAUCGACGUCUAUCAGGUUCGACAGGCACGUCAUCAGAUCAUCUGCCUACAAAACGACCUCAAAGCAAUCAUGAAACAAAUCGAACAAGGACUGCAUACGGUACAUGCCGAAACGGCCGCUCAGCAGCGCGAAAAUCUGUCCUCUACGAAACUACAAGCGAUGGAGGUGGAUGGGGAAGGCAGUAGCGUGAUCGAUGGUACGGGAUUGAUCUCGACUGGUAGGGCGACAUCCGCAAAACCUAUCGCUAAAGUUAACGUAGUCAGUGAUGGUUCCCCGGCACAAGAGGCUGGAAUUGCCUUGCGCGACGAAAUACUCGAGUUUGGUACCGUGAACGCCUCUAAUUUUCGUGACCUGUCUCAGAUUGCCGUUGUGGUCCGGAAUUGUGAGAAUAAAUCUGUCCCCGUGAAGAUUCGUCGCGACGGGAACAUACUGGAACUAGUUCUCACACCAAAGCCUUGGAACGGGCGGGGACUGCUCGGAUGUAACAUUGUUCCAAUGGACCACCAAUGAGUUAUAUACUGCAUUCUUUUCUACUGUUCUUCGAAUGAAAACAAUUUGCGAUUCAUGAGUUGUUUACGCCAUUGGCUUUAUUUUUAUCAUUUAUUUUCCCUCUAAAUUUUUACCGUGUUUUAAGCUUUUUCAACACGUUUGUUUCUCCAGUCAUGGGAAGUGAAAUAUAAACAUGAGCAGAAUUGUGUGUAAUUUAAUUAUUAA